ACGCCAUCACACCGCGACCGCGGUCCCUAGGUCCCCUGGAGAAGAACAGCUGGCUUCUUGCAACGGGACCGGCUGUGGCUUCUGCGCUUUUGACCUGCAGCCUCGCAGGUGUCAGCUGACAGCGUAAGGCGCCGGGCGGGUCCGGCUGCAGCGGCCAGGCUUUGAUGCUGAGCUCUGGUAAAAAGAGGUUGUUCUCAGCUCUGCUGCACAUUCAGAAGAGGCCCUGUCAGCCGUCAAGAGCGAUGAGGCUGGUACAGUUCCAGACACCCCACCUGGAGGAGCCUCACCUGGGCUUGGAGUCGGGGAUUGGGGGGGGAGUCGUAGACCUAAACGCCUUUGACCCCACACUCCCCAAGACAAUGCUGCAGUUCCUGGAGCAGGGAGAGACUACCCUCUCAGUGGCAAGAAGAGCCGUGGCAACCCAGUUGCCAGUCCUCCCUCGGUCACAGGUGACCUUCCUGGCCCCUGUCACCCGGCCAGACAAGGUGGUAUGUGUGGGCAUGAAUUAUGCAGAUCACUGCAAAGAACAGAAUGUGCGGGUGCCCAAGGAGCCCAUCAUCUUCAGCAAGUUCUCCAGUUCUAUUGUGGGGCCCUAUGAUGAGAUCAUCCUCCCACCAGAGAGCGAGGAGGUGGACUGGGAGGUGGAACUGGCCGUGAUCAUUGGGAAGAAAGGCAAGCACAUCAAGGCCACAGAUGCCAUGGCUCACGUGGCUGGCUUCACUGUGGCUCAUGAUGUGAGUGCCCGGGACUGGCAGAUGAGACGCAAUGGAAAGCAGUGGUUACUGGGAAAAACUUUUGAUACUUUCUGCCCCCUGGGCCCUGCCUUGGUUACCAGGGACAGCAUAACAGGUAUGUGUGCAUGCCAUGGUACCUGGAUAGAAGUCAAAGGACAUUUCCAGGAGUUGGUUCUCUUCCAUAUGGAUCCCAGAGAUCAAACUCGGGGCCUCAGGCUUGGCAACCCACACAAUCUAAAGAUCUGCUGUCGCGUGAAUGGGGAAGUAGUCCAGAGCAGCAGCACCAACCAGAUGGUGUUCAAGACUGAAGAGCUGAUAGCCUGGGUCUCCCAGUUUGUCACUCUGUACCCAGGGGACACCAUCCUGACCGGGACUCCUCCAGGUGUCGGUGUGUUUAGGAAGCCUCCUGUCUUUCUCAAGAAGGGGGAUGAGGUCCAGUGUGAGAUUGAAGAGAUCGGUGUCAUCGUUAACAAGGUGGUGUGAUGGCAUCCCUGUGAGCACUGGACUUGACACAAGGUGGGACUUUUGCUCCCACAAAGCUCACUGCUGGCCCUGCCCACUUGAGGUGCUCCUAGGUAGGCCUUGGAAAUAAAUUUUCUCUCAGAGCUGCA